AUGUCAACACAGAUUGAAGACACAGUGUCAACUUGUAACACCUGUCAACAACACAAAACSAAUAACACGAAAGAGCCUCUACUUCGACAUAAACUACCACAACGGCCAUGGCAACGAGUAGCGACGGACUUGUUUGAAUACAAGAAACGACCACAUCUACUCGUAGUUGACUACUACAGCCGAUAUCCGGAAGUGGCUGAACUGAGAGAUAUGAAGGCGAAARCAAUAAUCAACAAAAUCAAGUCAUUCUUUAGCAGACACGGAAUCCCAGAUGAAGCUACAUCAGACAACGGUCCCAACUACGCUUCCCAGGAAUUUAAAGAGUUCGCCAGUGACUAUAUAUACGGUUUCAAGCAUACUAUCACUAUCCCGAGAUAUCCUCAGUCAGGGGGGCUGCAUGAGAAGACCGUACAAACUGUUAAAUCCACGCUCAAGAAAGUGGAGGAAUCAGGCGAGGAUGUUUAUCUCGCGCUACUGGACUAUCGCAAUAMUCCAGUAGAUGGCGUUAGCCCCGCACAAGCCCUGAUGAAUAKGUCUCUAAAAUAUACAAUGCCCACAACUCCACAGAACUUAAAACCUUCGUUGACAAACCACGACAGUUUCAUAGCCAGAAGACAGGAAAAUCAACAAAAACAGAGCAAAUACUAUGACCGAUCAGUAUGUAUAACCGUCUGUUAUUGCCACUUAAGGAUAAAGAAGAGAUCAGAAUGA